AUGACUAACACACUUUCUGUAGGAAUUGAUCUUGGAACUAUCUAUAGUGAGUGUUUUUUCUUCAACGUUUCUACAGGAAACACUCAACCCAUUGUAUUUGACAAUGGGAAUCAGUUUAUUCUUUCUUCCGUGUUUUUUGGGCAAACCCCAGUUCUUGUUGGUGGCGAUAAUACCCUUGCUGUCUAUGAAGCAAAGCGACUACUUGGUGUCAAAUUCACAGAUUCUUCUGUCCAGAAAAUGAUUGAGACGAUGCCCAAUGUCGAACAAGACGCCUCCACCGGAUUGUGUGUCUUUAAAAUUGUUUAUAAUGGUAAGACAAUAACACUUAAACCGGAGGAAAUCUCUGCAAUGGUAUUGACUCAAAUCAAGAAAAGUAUUAUUAAAAGGACUGGCUGUGAUCUUUCCAAGUGUCGUUUAAAUGUGGUUUUAACAUGUCCUGCGUAUUUCAAUGACUUACAACGGGACUUGACUAUGCGAGCCGCACAGAUAGCCGGUUUGGAUGUGACUCUUACAGCAGAGCCCAAAGCCGCUGCAUAUUUCUAUGGAGUCAAAAAGAUGAAGGAUGGUCUGUUCUUUGCAUUUGAUUUUGGCGGAGGAACACUCGACACGACCGUCUUUGAAAAGAAAGGAAAGAACAUCAAGUUCAUUGGAGUGUAUGGUAAUCAGCAUCUUGGGGGUCUAGAUAUAGACAAUAAAUUUGUGGAGUAUAUCAUCAGCAAAUGGAAAGCCGAAUUUCCAACUGAAAUGGCCAACCUUUUUAUUGAACAAAAAAAUGAAACAAUUAGUCGAAAAAAUAUGAAAAGAAGAAGACGAAGAGUGUUGAAACAAAUUGUCGAGAAGGCAAAAAUUUCACUUUCUACUUUAAACUGUGUUACUGUCGAAUAUGAAGAGUAUUCCAUUGCUGUUACACGUAAGGACUUUGAAAUGUGUUGCUCUGAUAUAUUCAAUGAGUGUAUGAAGACAGUCAAAGACACUUUAAAUCUUGAAAAAGUACAGGCCAAUCCACGACAAAUUAGUAAAGUAAUUUUAGUGGGCGGAAGUUCACAAAUACCAAAAAUAAGAAACAUGUUAACAGACUACUUUGGAGAAGGAAAGGUGUGCUGCUCUGAAAAUUGUUACACUGUAGUCGCAGAGGGAGCCUGCCAAUAUGCUUACGACGAAGUCUCUUCUGGUAUCAAAAUUGCGAUCAAUGAAGUGACCACAAGAGAUAUUAAAAUGAUGGCAGUCGAUGGUAAUGGUACAGAGUUUUGGCCUGUUGUUGUGGAAAGAGGUACUCCUUUGCCGUUGGAGGAAUAUAGUUUCCCAGCUAUCGCAGAGACGUCUUCAGUCAGAGUAGAACUGAAAGAGGACGAAACAUUUUUGGGUUGUUUUGACACACAAGUCCCAUUAAUGAGGAAUGAGGUUGUUACGAUAAAAAUAGGAAUUGAUAAUAAUGGGAAAAUCCAAUUAAAUUUGAUUAAUAAAGCCGGCGUAUCAGACGCAAAAUCGGUUCUGGCGAAUGUUUCAAGAGAAAAAAAUAUCCCCCAAAACAUUCUUAUGGAAGAACAAAAGAAAAUUGCUAGUUUUUUUAAUUAA